AUGCGCUGAGAAAUAAUCAAAAUGCCAUCAGAAAACGACUCUGUAAUAAUAUUUAGUCGAUUCUUUGAGUGCUCUAAUUCACUCCUAUACAAAAAUCUUUCAAAAGAGACAUUUCUUCAGUAUAAAGAUAAUAGGUUCAAGAUUAUAACGGCCAUUGCUAUUAAAUACGAGGAAUGCCUAUAUCAGACAUUUUCUGAACUCUUAAACAUUUGUUCAUGUAUACCUCUGGAGACUUAUGGCUCUUAAAAAGGGCUCAGAAAGCCAAGCCAAUUUGCUCAUUAGCUUGCUUGCUUGAUUGGAAUUCUAUGCCUAUUGGCUCGUUUUGUCAAACUAAUAAUGUCUAGCUAGCAUAGAGCUGAAGUGCCAGCAGCUAGGUUUCUAUGCCUCUUUAGCUCCAAAAAUAGCUAUAAGUUUUACCCAAGCAUAUAUACCACAUAUAA